GCCAACUUGGGCUGAUAUGUUUGAUGACUGCAACGAUAGCCCAGCAAAGCGCCGAACAUUUGUUCACUCGAGGCAAAACUGAAGACGGUGCUUUUUCUUAGCGACUCUCUCAUGCUGACAUAUCUGGCUCACCCGAUCGUGCGGUAAAUGUCGAUUCAGUCGUUGAUCCGACCGCAUUGCGAUCUUUAGGCUGCGGCCAACCGAGGCAUGCACAGCGAUUGUGUCGCACACUAAAUGGAAUGAGAUAUUUGCUUGGCCACUGACCUCCGAGUUGUCUUUGGGCUUCCUCUAUCAAAAUGUUCUCAUCCGCGCUCAAAUCGCUCAGCUCAAACAUCUCCGCCAACUAUCAAGUUUCCCCGCAUCCCACUAUUGUCUCGGGCCCGUGGAAGAUUCACGAUGGCAAGAAAAAGUCAACCAACACCGCCGCGUCUAUUUUCAUCUUCGACAAAAAGGCCCUUGAGCCUCGGUCUGGAGGAUUAGGUGGUCGGUCCAGCUCCUCUAUCAAGAAGCUCCAGGAGGAAGUUGUCGAGCGACUGAAGCGUGAAGCGGGUAACCUUGCUCGCCUGAGACAUCCUUCUGUUUUGCAGGUGCUGGAGCCGGUUGAGGAGACACGCAAUGGCGGUCUUAUGUUUGCCACUGAACGAAUUACUGCUUCACUCGCUGGACUCUUGCAGGAAAAGGACUCUCAAGAGAGCAAUGGCAGGAUUGGGUCACGGACUUCUCGAUACAUGGUCGAAGAGUCUGAUGGGUCGCGCAGGCGGAGGGACCUCGAUAUUGACGAGCUAGAAAUCCAAAAGGGCCUGCUGCAGGUUGCUAAGGGUCUCGAGUUCCUUCACGAGUCUGCGGGCUUAGUUCAUGGCAAUCUCAACCCAGAGGCUAUCUUUAUCAACGCCAAGUCUGACUGGAAGAUAUCUGGCCUAGGUUUUGCUGGUCCGUCGGACUCAGCAGAAUCCAAGUCCAGUCUCCCACCCCUAGCACUGUCUGAAGUCCUUUAUCAAGAUCCGCGACUGCCAUCCUCUGUUCAGCUGAAUCUAGACUACACCUCCCCCGAUUUCGCCAUGGAUUCAAACGUCAAUGCAUCCGCUGACUUGUUCUCCCUUGGACUUAUAAUCAUAGCUCUCUACAACUCGCCUCAUGUUUCUCCAUUAAAACCCCACGGUAGCGUGGAUACAUACAAGCGACUGCUCAGUUCUCCAUCUUCGACACCGUCUCAGGGCAACAAUUUCCUGUGUUCAGGGACGAUUCCCAAGGAUUUACUGGCGCAUGUACUACCAAGGUUGAUAACACGCAGAGCUCCACAGCGUCUUAGCGCUCGCGAGUUCCAACAGUCCCAAUAUUUUGAUAAUAUCCUUGUCUCAACUAUACGGUUCCUGGAGUCACUGCCAGCGAAGAAUGCGAAUGAGAAAUCACAGUUCAUGCGGGGACUGCAACGCGUUUUGCCAGAAUUUCCUGUUACUGUCCUGGAGAGGAAGCUUCUGGGAGCCUUGCUCGAUGAACUCAAGGAUCGCGAGCUCCUCCCUCUCAUUCUGCAGAAUGUAUUCGCGAUUCUGAAGAAAAUCCCUAAUGCACGCCGUGUCUUUCCCGAAAAGGUCAUUCCUCAGCUCAAAGAUGUCUUCCCCGUUGGUAAGGGCGCAGAGCGUGAUUCGAAAAAGGAUGCGGGGCUCAUGGUAGUUCUCGAGAACAUGAAUGUCGUCGCGGACAAUUGCUCGGGAAAGGAAUUCAAAGAUGACAUCCUUCCCUUUAUCCGCCUCGGGCUCGAUUCUCCUACUCACACCCUCGUUGAUGCUGCAAUUAAAUGCUUGCCUUCGAUCUUGCCAGUCCUCGAUUUUAGCACUGUGAAGAAUGAUGUUUUCCCGCCAAUUGCUUCUACUUUCAGCCGUACCAACAGUCUCGCCAUCAAGAUACGAUGUCUAGAGGCAUUCACAGUGCUCUGUGGAGGUUCUGUCGAACAGGAAGAUGCUGUUGGAGACGACUUGACUGGUAUUGUCGAAAAGAGCAAACCGCAACCUCCAAAAUCGUCCAUUCUGGACAAAUACACCAUACAAGAGAAGCUCGUUCCCUCUUUAAAGGCUAUCAAAACGAAAGAACCCGCCGUCAUGAUGGCGGCUCUGGGCGUGUUUCGGCAAAUUGGAAAAGUUGCAGACACUGAUUUCCUAGCUUUGGAAAUUCUGCCUGUUCUCUGGAGCUUCAGUCUUGGACCGCUUCUCGACUUGCGGCAGUUCGGCGAGUUUAUGGCCCUUAUCAAGAGCAUUUCCUCGAAAAUCGAGCGUGAACAGAUGAAAAAGCUACAAGAACUUUCUUCGGCAGAAUCCACUGGGUUCCACAAUGGAACCUCUGCCGCCUCAAAAGGUUCAAGCAGCUUUGCGUCGUCUGAGAUAGAAUCUGGGCGGGACAACUUUGAGCGCCUGGUGCUUGGGCGAGGCGGCGCGGCUCUAAAUGGCCAAGAGAAUGAUAUAUUUGGUGGGCUGGCCACAGAUGCACCAUCCUCGCAAUCGCCCACUCCACGGCCAAGCUCGACGACAUUCUCAUGGUCGACAAAUACGGGGGUCGUCGGCAGACAGCCCAGUCUCGCCGCGCGCUCCAUUACUCCUGAUUUCAAGGUGAAUUCAUUCCCGUCGUUGCAACCUGCUCCAAAGCAAACAUCUCCCGCAUCAACAUUUCCAGCUCUUCAGCCGUCAGCCCCCAAUCCUUGGAGCACACCAACCACACCAAGUCAUCUACAACAAUCGGUGACGAGCGGAUCGGGGCCUUCUCUUUCGUCGCUUGCCAGUAUGAACCCCACUGUCUCUUCAUCCAAAAGCAUGCAGGCGGCUCCUAAUUACUCUGCAUUCUCAAUACCACCUCCCCCUGCUACACAACCUCUUAACGCAUUUGCAAAUACUUCUCAAACCCUUUCCCCCCCGAAUACUGGGCAGGCCUCUUCGUUCCUUGCGAACGGUGCAGGACAGUCGCAACAAGCGACACAGAAACAAGGGCUCGACAAGUAUCAGAGCUUGAUAUGAUGACAGGGAUGGUCAUGUCGAUUUCUACUCUUUCCUAUAUUACUUCUCUGUAUACUUUCUAUAUCUUAGCAUAUGUAUGUAGAUGAUGCAUUAUUCCCCACCAUAGCUUGAACUUUGAUUUUUGACCCCGAG